GGCAAGGACCGUACAACCAGUGGAACGCCAACAUAUACGACAGCAAAUUAUGUCUUCAACAGUAAUUAGGGAAGUUACAAAGGAUGUAUGGACAUUUUCAUGCCCAUUCUCGCGGUUCGGCCUCUUUCCGGUAGGUGGGAGGUCAACGGUCAUCAGGCUUGCAAGCGGGGAUCUUUGGGUCCUUGCAAGCACACCACUAGACGCUCCGACGAAGUCGAAGAUUGAUGAGUUGGGUGGAGAAGAGAAAGUUAGGUAUAUUGUAGGAGCGGAUGCUGUGCAUAAUUUGUUCCUCCCGGAAUUCAAGAGGACGUAUCCAAAGGCCAAGUUACUCGGUGUCCCUGCUCUCCUCUCAAAGAAGAAUCUGAAAGAUUUAGAAUUUGCCGGGGUCUAUGGUAAAGAUCCGGGGGGAACGAAGUACGGAUUCGAAGAUGAAAUCAAAGCAUGUUAUUUUUCCGGAUUUCAAAAUCAAGAUGUUGCCUUCAAUCAUGUUGCAUCACGUACACUUAUUGAGGCAGACCUACUCUUCAAUCUUCCCUGCACUGAACAGUACUCGAAGACGAAGUUUUCUGGGACGGUCCCUAUCUUUGGAAGUAUGCUCAAUCCGUACUCAUGGGCACACAAGAAGUUCGUCUGGGGCGUGGGCACAGAUAAGGAAGCGAUGAAACGAGAUGCGCGUACCGUAAGUGGUUGGGAUUUUGACAGAAUCAUACCCUGCCACGGCGACGUGAUCGAGACAGAAGGCAAGAAAGCCUGGGAAGAGGCUUACAAGUGGUAUUUGCAAUGAUCUGGGACCAAUUGUGUUCCAAGAGGUGGUUUUUAGAGUGUAUCGUUAGUAUUUCCGAUCUUCUCGGCUAGUGUUAUCCACUGCGACGGUAUACUCUCGACUGUGCUUCGUACUCCAAGCUUUGCU